CCCCGGCCGCGGCACGCCUUACCGCUGCGGUUGCCACAGUUCGGCAAUACGAGGCUCGCCGUGCCCAGCAUGUUCCAGACGGUUGAGAUCGACAUGCCUCCCGGUGACGCGUCCGCGUCCGAGGCGCCGUCACGGCUCGCGCUGCGGAAGAGCCAAGCGCAAGCCGCCUCCUCCUCCUCUGCGGGUCUCAAGGAGACCACCGACCGAGGACAGAGCUUCAGUGUGGACCGAAGCACCGAGUACGAGCCUCCGCCGCGGCCCCGCACGCGCACGGCUAGAGGGCUGGCGUGUUGCCUGCCUUGCGUGCCAGAGCGCCGCCGCCGAAGCGUCUGCUGCUGCCUGCUCGCGCUGUGGCUGCUAUGGUGCGUGGGCGGCGGCGCUUUUGCUGCAGCCAUGAUCAUAAAGCUAACGACGGAGCUGGACUUUGUGCUGUGCGAGGUGAGCGCCUGCGUGCCCGGAGACAAGCACUGCGAGCCGUGCACGGACCCGGACGACGCGUGCUCCUCGCGGCUCGACACCUACUCCUCCGAGACGCUCGCCUUGCCGAUGAACAUCACGUACGCCGUGUACAACCCCAUCUUUAUCGGGUACACCGUCGAGCGGCUCGUCAUGCUGACCAGUCUCGACCCGAUCCCGCCCCUCUCUGCGGCAGAGAUGCUCGACCUCGACCCGCUCGAAGCGCACGAGAUGGGCAUUCCGAUCGUCUGCGAGUCGUGGCGCGCGAGCUACACCGCCGGUUGGGGCGAGGAGCUCUCGAUGCGCUGCAUGUCCAGGCAGGACGCAGAGACGAUUGGGCGGCUGAAUGCGGCGCAGCAGGGGACGAGCGACGAGGAGUUCAACGUGCGCGUCGCGUUUCGGACCAAGCUGCCGGUCGUGGGGUGGAACUUCCAGAUGGCGCAGGACGCGUCGCGGUACGCGGACUCGUUCAACUUUGCCGACCCGGACCAGGACCCCGCGGGGCUCGCCUCGUGCUCGAGGGUGUCGGGCGUCAAGUUCGGCGCGCCAGAGAACGUGCUCGCCCUGUACGACUUUGAGAACUACAAGGUGUCCGUCUGCGCGCCCGAGUUUGGCGAGUUUGCGCAGCUGAUCGCCGACACGAGCGGCGACCUGCUCUGCAUGACCGCGGGGUCGUGGCUGCCGCCCUGCUGGUGGACCGACACGGACGGGAGCGGCUCGAUCAGCCUCGACGAGACCUUCCACAGGCCGCUCAAGGUCACGAUCCCGAUCGAGAUGUACAACAGCGCCGGAUUCAACCUCACUCUCAACAUCAACGGCUCUGCCGCCCGCGUGCAAGAGGAGGACACGGGCGACUAUAUCGCGACCGGCUACCUGCACGAGACGGUCACCAUCCCUCCGCGCAGCACGAAGAUGAUCUACUACUACUCAGACAUCCGCGACUUUAUCAAGCGGUACGCGAGGGAGAACGGCCUCGUCUCGCUCACCGCCCACUCCUUCGACAAGGUGCUCAACUCGCCGGUGGUGCUCGACAUCAUCUCGCGUGCCACCAUCCUCGGCACGACCUAUGACCAGGAGUUUGCAAUCUCGCACACCUCCCUCAUCGGCCUCGCCUCCCUCUCCGGCUGCCGCUGCGAGGUGGGGCCCGAUCCGAAGGAGUGCCGCACCAACGCCUCCACGUACGCCGAGCAGACCGCCGCCAACUUUGGAGCGGGCCGGCGGCGCUGACCUGGGGUGAGGCCCUCGUCCGCUCGUCGUGGGAGCCCUUUGCUCGAGCCCUUUGCACCAGGGGACUCCCGAGGAGAGAGUAGGCGAGUUCUGGCCGCUCUGGCAAUACCAUCGUGGGCCUUGUGAAUGUAUUAGUCCCAUCCUUGUCUCUCUCUCCUUGACCUUGUAAAGUCUUAGCUGUACG